GGCACGGUCUCCCGGCUGGAGAGCUCAUUGCGCGCGGCGAGCCCCGCCUCCCCGGCCGGCUGGGGGCGUGGGCAUGGAGCCGGCCGCCGCUGCCUAGCCCCCGACCCGCGCCGCUGCUUAGGGCGCCCUGAGGUCUCCGUGGGGUGGGCCGGGCGCGGCCUGGCGCUGCGCGGAUGGCCCCGCUCGCCGUCCUCCUCGUCCUAUUCCUGACCACCGCUGGGAGGUGCCAGGAGCAAGCCCAGACCACCGACUGGCGGGCCACCCUGAAGACGAUCCGGAACGGCGUUCACAAGAUUGACAUGUACCUGAACGCCGCCUUGGACCUCCUGGGAGGCGAGGACGGGCUCUGCCAGUACAAGUGCAGUGACGGAUCUAAGCCUUUCCCACGUUAUGGAUAUAAACCCUCCCCACCGAAUGGAUGUGGCUCCCCACUGUUUGGUGUUCAUCUUAACAUCGGCAUCCCUUCCCUGACAAAGUGCUGCAACCAACACGACCGGUGCUAUGAGACCUGCGGCAAAAGCAAAAACGACUGUGAUGAGGCGUUUCAGUCUUGCCUGUCCAAGAUCUGCCGAGAUGUGCAGAAAACACUGGGGCUGGCUCAGCACGUGCAGGCCUGUGAAACCACCGUGGAACUCUUGUUUGACAGCGUCAUACACUUAGGCUGUAAGCCGUACUUGGACAGCCAGCGAGCCGCAUGUACGUGUCGCUAUGAAGAAAAAACCGAUCUUUGAAGAAGAUGCCGACAAAUGGUGACAACAGAUGAGGACAGAAGAACGUAACCUUUGACAAAGAGCUAAUGUUUUUACAGCCUAGAGUUGCCUUAUUUUUGUGACAGGAUUAUUUUAAGAACUUACUUUGACAUUAAAACUAAAGAAACAAAUGCAGGUUAUCUUCCCAGACGUUGCUGCCUUAGUGUGCCACGUUGUCUCGACCAGUCACAGAAAGCGGUGCAUGUUAAGGGGAGAAUUUUUAAAAGAAAGAGUAUGACUCGAUUUUCACAACUGUAUUUACCAAAAAAUAAGGUCAAAUGUGAAAUUCAUGAUAAGGUAUGUUCAACAUUAUCUUAUUUGGAAAUAUGGUGAAGUUUUCACUUAGAAGUAUGUUUGUUUUCUGUAAAAUUUAAAAUAUACAUAUAUGCCCAGAAAGAUCUUUUAUUUUUGCUCUUUUAAUUAACACAUAAUAUACAGUUUUUCCAUAACCCACUGAAACAUAACAAAUAAGCCACAUUUCUAUGAAUGAUGGGACUAGAUACAAGGACAGGGGCAUGUCUGUUUCUCUUGUAAAAUUGGAACCAUCUGCUGGGACCUCUUAGGAAGCAAAACUAGGAUAUCUAGGUAUUAAUAUAAUGUGCCUACAAGAUGACAUGAACAAAAUUCAGAAGCGUAGCAUAGCCAUUCCCAUUUUAUGAACCACUCAUGACAAAUGCCAUAUUUUGCUAUAAUCUUUGUCUGUUGAAGAAGAGAUGGAUUCAGUAAGACAAAAUGACGAGUCGUUUAACAUACAUCAGAGCAAUAUAAUCUAUUAUGCUUUGGUAUUUACUCCUUAGUACUUGCUCUUCGUAAUAGAUUUGGGGAUAUUUUUAAAAGACCAUAAACCUUUUACUAAUAGUGGCCUUAACAAAAUUGUUCUUGAUAUUGUUGGUUUUUUUUUUUUUAAGUCUUUAACUGUGUAAUCAAAAAAGAUGGAAAAACAAGAUACAAGAAACUGUCUUUUAUAGAGCUCAGUUUAUGCUGAAAAUUAUUAACUCAUAUUUAAGAGCAAACCCUAGAACGUUAGCUGCCUCUGAAAGUCUCUUCAGCCCUUGGAAAGCUCAGCUGUGUCCCUCUACCAUUCUUUGCUUACCACUGGCUGUUGACUUUCUCUAGCCCAAGCUGUGUCUGUCUUCUGGGUAACCUAUGGCCAAAGUUAUUAAGAUAAACCACUUGGAAAGUCGGAGAAAGACAAUACCAGGAGAAAUGGUUCUUUUUAAAUCAUUACAGGCAGAACUGAGAAGAACUAAAAUAGGUUUUGGAAAAAGGAUCACAUUUCCGAGCUUUGAAUAUAUGUCAUUGCUGAGAACUUGAUGGCUUCCCCAACUGAGAUGAUGGCACUCUUCUGCUAACAGAUGUCGUCUAUUAAACAAAGCAAGUGUGUCCCUCAGGGCUAAGUAAGCAAACUCCAGUCAGCAAUGUUUGACCAGGUAGCUUUAAACUUACAAUAGAUUCAUGGCUUUUCUUGGCAACCUUGGCUUUCUCAAGAGGACAGAGUCGGAAUGUCUUUGUAAAAUAUUUAAUUCAUUAUCAUAAAUGUACAGAUAUCAGUAGAAGUAGCUUUUAUGUUCAGAUUUUUAAAAACUUGCCUAGGAAUAAUUUUAGAUUUAUCAAAAAGUUGCAAAGAUAGUAUAGAGGCUUCUCAUACACACUUUAUCCCUAAUGUUAACUAAGGAGCCAAUAUUGGUUGGUUCUAUUAAUGCAACUGUAGACUUUAUUUGACUUGCACUAGUUUUCCCACUAGUGGCAUUUUUCUUUUCCAGGACCCACUCUAGGACACCAUACUUCAGUUAGUCAUCAGGUCUGAUUAGCCUCUAGUCUGUGAUGGUUCCUCUGUCUUUCCUUGUUUUUCAUAACCUUGACAGUUUUGAGAAGUACUGGUCAGGUGUCCUGUAGAAUGCCCCUCAAGUUGGAUUAGUCUUUCCUUGUGUUUGGACUAGGGUUAUAGAUUUUUAGGAAGAAAACCAAGAGUUGACCAGUUCUUCUCAUCAAAUCAUAUUGGUAGUUGAUUGUUACCAGCUCAUUAGGUUAACUCUAGGCAUUUGGUUAAGGUAGUAUCUGUUAGUUUUCUCCACUCUAAAGUUACUGUUUUUCCCUUCCUGUGCUUCUGUUCUUUGGAAACCAGUCACCAAGUCCUGACUGUGGUAGGUGGGGGAUGGGCAAGAUUACAUUCCACAUUUUGAUAGGGGAUUAUAUCUAGAUAUACUACUUGAAAUUCUUGUUAAUCUCCCCCUCACUCACUUAUUAUUCAGUUAUUUUUAUCAGUAUGGAUUCAUGCUUAUUUCUUUUGUACUGUGGGUACUAUAUACAAAUCCUUCCAGCUUGGCUGUUGGGAAUUAUGUCAGGUUGACUCUGUAUGUCUUUGACCUUCACCCUCCUUUUAACUUUUGCGCAUCUCCAUACUUUCUGGCCAGAAAGUAGGAAAGUUGCUUCAGGCUCAUCUUCUGUAUUCCCCCGCCCAGACCUAGAAUCAGCAUCUUUUCAAAGGUUACUUUGAUUGAAGUAUGGUGUCCAAUGGCACUUAGAAACCAAGAUCUGGAAAGUGGAUAGCUUGUUUCUACUGGGGUGUCAUUGCUUUGAGACCCUCCCACCAAACAGAGCUAGGAAAUAUAUGUAUACUAACCCAUGUACAUGGACAUAUCUGUAAUUACUUAUGUGUAUAUAUAUUAAGCUGUCUUCACUUGAAUUCUAUACAACAGGACAUAUAUUUAAGUUUUAAGGAUGGUAUUUUCCUUAUCUACAGAAUACAUUAAUGAAAAAACAAAAUCACAUGCCAAAAAACUAGCUUUUGUGGCUCUUUGCAAGACAUAUAUUGAUAUUUUAAAAUAAUAAAACUAUAUUGCCUUCAAACAA